CUUCUAUAUCCUCCUCCACCUGAUCACUCCACAAAAUCCUAUCCCCACUACUGUCAUUAUCAUUAAUAAAAGUGGUAGAAGGCACAUCUUGGCAAGCCUUAUUCACAGUAACAAACUCCUCAAUUUGCCUAUUAUCAGAAGACUCCACCAGCUGCAAAUUCUUAGAAGGGAGCACAAAAGAGAGAUUGAAAGACAAAGUUCAAUGGGAAAUGAAAGGCAUACUGAUGAUUUACCCGAUUGGUUUUGUGCACGUAUCCUUCAACUAUCAGCACAAGGACAUUUAAGUGAUGACCUUUUAAGCUUAGCAGUUGGUCCAGGACCAGUGGUGCAUCGUUACUCUGCAUUGAUGGUGAAUGGAUUUAGAUUCCAAACAAAAGAGCUUGAGUCGAGAAGGAAAACGCAAAAUUGUGGAAUUCUCGUGAGAGGAUAUGAUUCAGACUCUAAAAAGGAGUAUUAUGUCAUAGUAGAGGACAUUUACGAGUUGUCUUAUAGGGAAAAUAGGAAAGUUUACCUCUUCAGGUGUCAUUGGUGGGAUGUGGCUCACUUAGGAAAAGGAUAUAAGAUUGACAAAUACGGUUUCACAAGUGUGAACACUCGUUGUGCCUUGCGUACAGAUGAACCAUUUGUAUUGGCAUCUCAGUCUGAACAAGUCUUCUACUUGAAUGAUAUGAUUGACAAAGAGUGACUUGUCAUUGUAAAAACAAAUCUUCGCGACCUUUAUAAUAUGCCUGAAAAGAUGAUAGCUGUAUAGAGGUUGAAGAUGAAGUGUUAUUGAAUGGAGAAGCUUAUCAACAAGAGGAAUUUGAAUUUAAUAUGUUGCGUACUGAUGAUCAAGAAAUUUAUAUCGUGGUGUCUUUACAUAGGGGUGAUGUUGAACCACAAAGCAUUAAUUAUAAUGAUGCAAGUGAAUAGGCUCAGAAAAGUGUGCAUAAUCAGGAAGAUGAUUUCAUUGAUGACAACCAGAUAGAUAUGUCGGAGAAUGAAGAAAGCGAAGAAGAGAAUAUUGACAUAGAGGACAGUGAUAUGGAGUGACCACAGAAAUAGCUUUCUAUCAAGUCACGGUCAUCUCGGAUUUUUGCAGAAAGUGCACAUCCCACUCCAGAGAUUGAAAAUAGUGGUCCAGCAGGGACAAGGUUCUUAAACUAUCACAAAUAGAGACGAUCAAGGAGGAGUUUGAAGACACCUUGUGUUUUAUUUUUGUCAAAGGCAUCGAAGAAGGAGGCGUUUGUAGACAUCUAAUAUUUUCUUGUUUUUUGUCAAAGGUGUCGAAACAAGGAGGAGUAUGAAGACUGGAUACACUUCAUGUUUUAUUCCUUUUGUUAAUAUGUAAAUGCAUACAAUGGCACUAUGAUAAAGUAUUGGGUUGUGUAUGGUUAAAGGACUAUUUAGUAGGUAUUUAUUUAUAAUAUUCGGCUUGAGAAUGCUUUUGUUG